GGAGGAUCCUGGACUUGGUGAGGAGGACGCUUCUCUUCCAGGAGACUGAAAAACUCCCCUCAGUAAACACUCAGGAUAUUACAGAUGUUUUGUUCCUUCGCUGGACAUCAGGAGAGGAUCAGACUGACAGCCUGAGUGUGCUAGGCAGGGGCAGCAGAGGGCGGAUGGUCAUUCAUAAUGAGGCGGCUGCUGCUGACAGUGUUGCUGCUGCGCUCUUCUCCUCUUUUCCCACCCAGCGCGCAGGAAGGGUAGCACCUUCCAGUCAUCCCUCCAGGCUGAACAUGGCCGGAUCACAGCUCCUGUCGGUCUUUAUCCUCCUUGUUCUCUGCUCUGUGCGUGUCUCUGGAGAGGUUGUGAACUUUGCGGACUCCGUGCAGUUUACGGUGAGAGAGGAAUGCGCUGGUGGCGGCAUGCGGCUGGUCCGCGUUCGGAAGACGGACCCCAUCGUCCCUCGGACGGUUGCAACACUGGUCCACGGUGUGUGGCAGCCCGCUGAAGACUACAAGCACCGGAUUCAUCACGUCUCAGCCUCCAGCGUCAAACUCAGCGAGCUGGACUUCAACGAUGAUGCGUUUUAUGAGUUCACUUGCAACAACGAUCUCAUCAGAACCAUCCAGCUGACUGUGGUCUUCCCCUAUGACGUGAGAGUGUGUGAGGGGGAGACAGCCAGGAUCCCCUGCCACCUCCCAUCGGAGGAGCUCCAGGGGAAGAGCGCACAGUUUGAGAGGGACGGGGAGCUGGUUCUGGUUCUGGAGCAGACCCGCUCCUCCGGACAGCCCGAGGGGAGACUGUCGGUGUCCCCUGACUGGGUCCAGACUGGAGACUUGUCCCUGACUGUGGAGGACGCUCAGCUGGAGGACGGAGGGAGCUACGUUUGUUACACCGUGGAUGGAAACGGAGGGAAGACCAGAGGAGAACCUGCUGCUGUGAAGGUGACCGUCCAGAGGAACCGCCCUGCUCCCACUGAUGCCCCUCAACAGCAGCCGACACCGGGACCGGACCAGGAGCAGACUGGACUCAUCGUCAGUAUAAUCCUCAACGUGCUGCUCCUCACGGCCGCAGUUACCUUCUGCGGCUUGUGGAGGGUCAGUGUGAGGAGAGGCUGGAGGAGCAGAGACGGUCCCUCUGGAGGGAGGUCCUGAUGGAGUCAUCGCUUAGGAGACGCUUAGUGGUGUUUUUAUUUAUCUUAUUAUCUUUUUUUUUUUUUUUGUUUUUGGUUCGACAGCCAAUUUAAAAACCAUCAGUGUGGAGUCACCUGCAUGAAUUUUCACAUUCACACAGUUAUACGAUGGUUUGAUUUAUUUUCUGUGCGUCACGCAGCUUCACACCGCUCAUAUAACUCCGCUCCCUGCUGGCUUCUUAUAUCACAUCAUCUGCUUCAUUUACAAUCGAAGAGGUUUGUUUUUAAAACUGUGACCAUCUUUUGUUCACGUCCGUGAGGUUUUUGUUUCCCUCCAUGAUUUAUUUUGAAAAUAUACAUUUUACAAUAUAAAGUCUGGCAGGAGUUUUAUUCUUCCACUCCUCAUCGCUCAUUAAGACGAUCACGUGAUUCUAAUCAAGCGCGUUCGUUAGAAACAUUACAAGAUAAUAACCAGUGUUGUUUUCAAAAACUUACUCCGUUAUAAUCUGAUAUUAAUAAAUUGCUGCGACGCGUUGCUUUUGUAAGGAAACACUGGUGAUGACGCCUUCACGUCCCUUUGCUUUUUUGCUCUCCGGCGGCUCUGAAGGCCUCACCGGAGAUCGAUACACUGUCUGAUCGAUCACUGCUCUACUACUACUACUGAGAUUACACGCUUACAGAUGAAACAGCUGGAUGUUGAGACAUCAUGCAGUGUUUCUAACAGGACAGCGGCUUCAGCUGGCUCGGGAUCAGAUUUUUUAAAAAAAACAUUCUGGUGUUUGUUGUAGAGUAACAGUGGAUGACGUGCUGCUCUGCCCAAAGCAUCACAACCUCCAACUCUGCUGACCGAGCUCUAAACAAAAGCACCGACGCUGGAAACACAAUAUAUGCUUUACACUGUAACACUGAACACUGAACACACUAAACACACAUCUCAUGCAAUCAUUGGGAAAACGCAUCUAUUCAAAAUACAAAACGCAGCUAAAAUCGGAAAAGCAACAUUUACAUUUAAAAUAUAACUGUAGACCAGUCAGUCUAAACCAAAGCUCUACAAACACAGCCACACACACACACACAUUUUUUUUGUUUUGUUUUUUUAUUCACCUAUCUGUUUUAUUUUACUUUAUUUAAUGAAUUGUAUUUUGAUUGUACAAUACUUGAAGCUUUGUCAGUAUUGAUGAUAUUGUUGACCUGAUCUUUAUGCUAAUAAAGCUAACCCUCUUACCUGCACACUGAUGUCUUGUUAAUUAGCUGAUUAUUGUUCUGUGAUUGUUACCUUUAUAUGAUACACACACACACACUAGCA